AUGAAACUAUUCAGUACCUUGGCCCUGUGCCUGAUCGCUGGUCUCGCACUCUUUACUGCCGCUUCUCCCACUGUAGGCGGCAACAUCACCGACGUCUCACCUGUUGAGUACACAAACGUGACUACCGCCACAUGUUGCGAUUGGCGCCCAAUCGAGAUCCACCACGGUUUCGCCACUGUGGAAGUCUGGGUUGGCCGUCCCGCUAUCAACGCUGGUUUCCUCAAAGGCGAAGAAAUGAAAGCUGCAGUUGACCAUGCAAUGGAUUACCUUUGUGAGGAGCGCGAUGGAAGGUGCGGGGCCUUCUACCCAGACCGCAUUUGCCUAAAGGUCGAAUACGUCUCCAAGAAAAAUCCGUUUCCUGUUGAGUGGAGGUGGGCCCAGCUGUGUUUUUCAGCUCACGGCGAGUGGGAAAGCCCACAUAUCCGUCAGCUUCUCAUUGAUACGGUUUCUAUGGUCCUCAUGGGGUUUACAGAUGACUCUUACACCAAUCCCAACUGCUAUGAGUUUCCCGGCAAGAUGAUGUGCAACAUCCCGAAUGCAGUCCACGUCCGCCUCCCCCCUAUGGACGGCUGGAAGAACACGAAGAUCAACUGGAUCACCGUCGAUAUUGCAGGCGGUGGUGAUGUUCAGCACGAAUUCCAUUGUUGCGAGACGCGCGAUAAGGUCGACGCGCGGCUCGACACGCUAUAUGACCGGAUGACCGAUGUUUUCUAUGAGGACUAUGGGAAAUUCAGGUCGGUAAUGUGCAUGAUUAAUAGCUGGAUGACCUGCGAACAGUGUUACGACAAAUUCAACAUCGAGAACUGUAAGAAGUGUGGCAGUAAGUGCAUAAAGCUAUAA